UCGCUGUGCACAUCAAGGAGAGUGGACGCGCUGCUGCUGGAAAAGACCGAUGGCUUCUAGCGUGGUAAGAAAAAGUUCCAUGUAACUGAUUCGGGUCAGGCUUGAUACUAAACUGCACCUUCAGCGCAGCAAGAGGAAUGAAAGUGGUGGUUGUUUUUGAUGCAAAGGAAUCGGGUCUGCCAUCACACAGAGAAUCCAGAGCAAGUGUUGACAUCGUGUUUGCGGCCGACGCUUGCGCCGAUUCAUGGAUCAAGCGUGAGGUCUACUUGUUGAGAGACGACGGCUGCCCCAAGAUCAGAGUCAUAACGUCCGAUUCCCUUCAUCAGCAGGUUGCAAACGGCGCGGGUGCGUAUGUAUGGAGCUGCAAAGAUCAAGGACGUGAGGAAAGAAUUGGAGCAGCUGUUACAUUCCGACAGGUGAUGUUACAUUACAGCUGAGCCUUCACUGCCAAUCAUGGCAUCCAUAGCAAGUGUAGCUCUUGGUCCGCCCAUGUCAUCUUCUUCAAGACCAAGUGCCAGGUACUGCGAGAAAACAGGUAAAUCGCUUGGGACAACUGGGAGUCCCAAGCGAGGAGAUCACAGGUCUUGUGUAUUUACAGCAACGAAUUUAA